GCAGCGUGUCUGUUGUUGCAAAUCCUACAUUUCAGGGUGCAUUAUUUGCCCUGGGUCGUUCAACAGUUAUUACGUAAUGCUCAUGGGGAGGGGAUUCAUGGAUGCGUUACGAAACAUGAGGUUUUAAGUUUAGUGAAGUUUGCAAAACAGAUGUUACCUUGUACUAGAACAACAUGACGCGUUAUGCUCAAUCUUGCAUAGUGACACUGAAGUCUACAAAGUGUGUAGCAGAUGGAACAGGUAGUGGCAUCAUGAUUGACACAGUGCAAGGAUUUAUCAUCACUCAUGCCAGUUUGCUGGGCGCCAUUGUCCUGAAAGACCAGCAUCUCCAGAAUGUUGUCUUGUCACAGCUGGAUAGCUUGUCUGAAGAGAUUGUCGGCCAUGUUAGUGUGGAGGUCAUCUUGGAGAGAUCGAGCAGAGACAACUCCAGCAAACACUACCUGUCCCAGGAUGUUCUCUUGUCUAAGUAUCAGUCAGCACUUGUAAGCUCGACCAUCACAAGCAGAAAUCCAGACUUGUCAACACAUGCUGGGUCAGUUGUAUCCUUAUUCAAAUGUGGCAGGUUUGAAAAUGCCUUGAAACAUCUAACUCCACAGAGAGACUGGCAGUUCACUGACACCUCUGAUGACGGCAAACUGAACAAUAAUGUGUCUUUGAAAGAAAAGCACGAUGCUGAAGUUAUUACAUUCAAACUGCUUCCAUAUUGCCUUUUAAUCAAGGUAGACAACUUGGUUCCUUACAAGUCCGCUCUCUCUGUAAGGUCACCAACACUUUGUCACAUUGGUGAAGCAGCUGAAAUUUGUGCCACUCCAUUUGGAAACCUGUUUCCUAAUGUUCUGGUAAAUUCCUAUAGUCGAGGUGUGAUCAGCAACCUGGCUGGGAAGAACAGAUGUAUCAUUCUAACUGAUGCCCGGUGUAUUCCAGGCUCUGAGGGAGGACCACUCUAUACACUUGUGGACUCGAACAGAUGUCUUACUGGGAUGAUAGUUACAUCCCUGUGUUGGAAGAACAGCGAAUGGAUAGGACUCUCUCUCGCCUGCUCAAUUGAUGAAAUAUUAGAGAAUUUGGCUACAUCAGGUGUAUCAGUAAAAUCUGCACGCAAUACCAUAUCAAGUCUUUGGAAACACACACAUUCUAUGGAAAAUAUAUCAGCCAUGUUUGAAAAUAUUGCACUGAUCAAGGUGGAUAACUCAUGGGGGUCAGGUGUCACCAUUGAUCCUGUCAGAAAGAUUGUUCUUACCUGUAGUCAUGUCAUCAAGCAUGGAAGAAGUCAUACAGUAAAUCUGAAGCCCAAACCAAAUGGUGACUUUUUAAAGUGUGAGGUCCUGUGGCAUAGUCCACCUACAGAACAGUUUGACCUGGCCGUGGUGAAAUAUUCCGGUCACAGUCAGCGUCAUGCAGCCACUGUCAGCCCAGGAGUACCUACAGAAGGAUCUCUUGUUUAUGUGAUCGGCCAUGGUGUUUUUGGUGCAGAACACAACUUAUCACCAUCAGUGACGGUUGGGGUGGUGUCAAAGGUCAUCACAGUGAACCAAAUUCCAGUUAUGAUUCAGACCACAUGUGCUGUACACCCAGGAGCCAGUGGAGGUGCCCUGAUUGACAAGCAUGGACAUCUUGUGGGCAUUGUAGUCUGUAAUGCAAAAGAUGUUUCUUCAGGUGCAUGCUUUCCACAUGUUAACCUGAGCAUUCCCAUGAAUACCAUUUGGCCAGUCAUUCACAAGUACUGCAGUGGUGGAGAUGUCGGUGUUCUAAACAGUCUUCACUUGAAGAAUCCAGCCAUUGACAACAUGUGGACUCUUGGAAAUGAAACAAGUGUAAAUCAGUUCAUCAGUCGACUUUAACAAAACCUGUGACAGACUUGAAAAAACUAAAGAAAAUUGGAUAAAUUUUUAUGACAGUAUGAACUGUGUACCAUUAUGGAAAAAACUCUUUGUAAAUUGUUUUUCUCUCAAAGCUUAUCACCAAUGCUUGUGAAUGUAUUCACUCUCUGGUUUUUGUUUUUUCCCUACACAGUACAUCCAUAAUCUUAUAUUUUGACAGCAUAGAAAAUAAGUUAUCCAGAUAACAUUUCAAAACGGUACAAAUUUGAGAAUUGUUCAACUUUGCUAAAACAAUUUCCUCGCAGACAUUUCCUGGGUGGUGUUGGUCGUGGGGUUAGGAUGUUAUCCUGAAAUAAUCAGAUGAACGAUAAUGGUCAAAAGAAAGGACAACAACUUUGAGCUCAGCACAUUAAAUGUGAGAUAAAAAUGUACUGAAAUAAAAUUAGCACUUUUGAAUGAAUUACCUCGACCUGUAAUCCACUGGCCAUAGGUUAUAGAAGGAAUGACAUUCUUAAAACUGUGAUCACCUAAUCUAGGAUGUUUAGGUUGCCUUUUCUAAACUGAAACUGGGAGUUGUUAUAUGCUGAACAUCAUAUGAUCACUGAAAUGGGCUACUGUUCUACAUCCUGCUCCUGUCUCUGAGCUAUAUUUGGCUAUCACCGAGGCACAUCCUGUUCCUAUUACUGAGCUACAUCCUGCUCCAAUUACUAAGCUACGGUGGCGGCGGAUGGGUGUGCUCUUUAUCAGUUUCAUCCUGCUACUAUUAGACAUUUUUACUUUUGACAAACUUUUUUUUUUUAAUUCCAAUUCUUUUUAAACAUUUCAUACAACCUAUAGUCGGUUCCACACUGAAAGCCCUUUUUAUGCUAUGGAAUUUACUACAAGUUAUUUAUUUCUAAGCUGAUUGUUUUCUAAAUUGGGACAAAAAAAUUGUAUUUCUUGGUUACUUUCAAAACACUUGCAUUUCUUCUUCCGUCAAACAAAAGUGAAAUUAUUUGCAAAAAAACAUUUUUGUAGGAGGAUGGGAUGGACUAUAGUUCAGAGGGACAGAUUUUGAAAGCAUAGGUUGUGUGUAUUUUUGAAAAUGAGAAGGUUGGCAUUUAUUAUUUAUGCCAAACUGGAAAGGUGGGGCACUAGCUGACCAUACAGCUGUCAGUUGCAGUCGUCCCAGUCCAUAACAAUCAAUGCAACCUACUGCUUGUGAAUCCCUUUGCAGACAACAGAACAGACUAAAUAUUCUUUCUUGGCUGUUCUAGUAAUACGACAAUUUUCCUGAUUCAUCAAAUGAACAAAAUGAACAAAAUACACAAAUCCAUGCAUAUAUUGGUGAAAAUCUGUUAAUUUAUUAAUAUAUUAUCACAGAAUUGUUACAGUAAAUGUAAAUUCUGUUCUACAGAAUAUUGAUCCUCAAAGAGUAUAGUAUUUACUGUACACUACAUCUUAAAUACACAAUACGCUGUAAUCAGUUGUACUGAUCAUCUUAUCAGUUAGUAUGCACUAAAACGCAACUAAAUCACUGGUUAUGAUUUUCAACAUUUUUUUUUUUGCUGCAUCUCACACUUCAGUAAAUAUGUAACAACUUUCACAUUGCUAAAUUAAAUGCUCACAGGGAUGUUACCAUGCUAAAGCACAUAUUAUUUACAUAGAAAGUGAUUUUUACAAAUUAUGUAUAUACAUGAUACAGAUUACGCACAAAUGAAAUUUGCCAUCAGCAAGUAUCACAGAAAAAUAAGCCAAGUUCACAAGAAUACUGAAACACUAAAACAAUAAGAUGGGUUAACACAUGUAGAUAUAGCUUGGACUGUCAACAAACCUCUCCAAAAAUCACCUCAAAAUUCACUCCAAUAAAGAAAUGAUUAUUAAGAAGUUCUUAAGCAUCAAAUAUUAGAUUAUUUAUACAAGUUUAUAGUGUAAUGAAAAACUCACCCCAAAACAACCCUAAAAAACAACAACAAAUAAGUCCAUUUUGAUUAGCUUAAAACAUCAAGCCUGUCCAUGCAACUAUUUGAGUUAAGCAGUCACCUGUCAUUAAUGUUGGUCAACUCAUCAAAUAUAGUACAUGUUUCAUGUGUUAAAAGCAUUUGAAAUAUUCUAUCAGGUUUAUUACAGGUUUUAUUACAGGUUUUAUUACAAGGUUUACUGUAUUUCUCAACUCACCUUCCUGAUUAAUCUUAUCUCUUCUACAGAUGUACCCCAUUGUUAACACUCACUGGGACUAGGAUGAAAUGUAAGGCAUCUAAUUGAUUCUUUUUGCAAAUGCACAUACAAAAGCUUACAGAUGUUACAAACCCAUAUGAACAAUAGUUUACAUGAAUUCACUGGAAAUAAUAACCGUUGCUGUUGUUUUGUAUUCACAUGAUGAAGAUAAGCUUGCACCAGCUGAUUUAUCAACAGAUGAUGGAAACAUACUAGUAACACACAAAAUUCUCUGUUUGCCACAAAUAACAUUACUAGAAACAAUGAUUCUUAUUGUGACAUGAUAUACUGGAUUCAUUGAUAAUCCAUGAUACAAAGAUGAUGAAAACUAAUACCAUUUGCAGAAACUUGGUAAUAAACAUUUUCAAUUGAUCAUUUGAUUAACAAUGUUUGGUAAAAUAUUUAAACAUUGUAAAUUUGGAUAUGUAUUAUGUUCAGUAUGUUGAUCUAUAAUAAAAUAUGUUUAUAUUGCUUGUGAUACAAGUAAAUGUUUGUUGAUAAAUCAAUAAAUAAACCAAACAAAAAUGGAAAUAACCUUUGUUGUCCAUUUUCAAUGUAUUUUAUUUCAGAAAGGUUUAUAAAAUAUGGUUCUGUAGAGAAACAUGAAAUUAGUGUUUUACCAACAGACACAAAACUAGAUUCUUGAGAAUGAUAACAGGUUUUUAAAAACUUCUUAAUGUUGCCAUAUCAACCAUCAUGUCGCCAUGUUAACCUCAUCAACCUGUUACAAACUGUGUUCUGCAAAUAAUCAUUUUUAUUUACAGUUACUUCAAACACAAACACACUAAACAUAUAUAUACACAGUAGAAUCUCAUUGGGUAAAGGUCGAAUACAGUGCAAUGCUCUAACCAUGGUUAGGUCGAAAUACCUGAUGGGUCGAACACUUUCUUGAGUACCAACAGGGUUCGAGCCAACGGGAUUCAACUGUGCAUAUAUGUAUGUAUAUGUAUGUAUAUGUGUAUAUAUAUAUAUAUAUAUAUAAAAAUUAAAGCUCUUUGUAUUGUUUUUUCUGAUUGACUAGACAAUUUAGCAAUGACAAUUUACAUUAAAACUAACCGUAUUCACAAUUUUAUGAAUGCUGAAAACAUAAUUUACUGAGAAAUAUAAGCUCACAAAUCAACCAAUCUUGAUAGCAGGCUAUAUUUAUCAAGAAUAUUCAACACUGCAGGUAUGUAUAAGAUUAUUAAAUAUCAAACUUGUUUUAUUUAAUCAAAACUGUCGUGUCCUUUCUUACACAGUAAUAUUGCCUUGCACACAAAUAUGGUUUCCUCUAGACAAAGUGAGACUGGGUGCUGAAUUCUGAGGAUGAAACACUCCACUACGGAGCAAGAUUAAUGUUACCAUUUACUUGGAUAUAAUAACGGGUUACGCAACAAGGAAAUGGGUAACCUUGAUUUAUUUCUGCGUAACCGAUAAAUGGGUCACGCAGAUUUUCAAUUCUCAGUGGCUUGCCAUCAUAUCUUGCACAACAGUUCUUGGGGAAACAUAACAAUUUAUGAUCAUACACAUUUAUCAGCUAAAGACACAAUUUAUAUAACUAAUCUGUUUGAUACACUAUACAAAAUUCCCAAACUGGGAGAAAUUAACUCAUUGCUUUUGUCACAAUUUGUGUCCAACAUUUCAGCACAUUCUGCUGCCUUUAUUAGAUUAAAAGUCUGUUUCAGAUAUGCAACAUCCAUUUUUUAUCAAGAAACUUUGGGCACACAAUUUUGACAACAGUGAUAGUGUUUAAUCUGUUUGAGUUUUAAAGCAAUUCUAUCAGUACUGCGAACCCUGUACCUACCAGCCUUAUGUCCGAUGGCUUAACCACGACACCACCAAGGCCGGUAUAACACAGGCAGAAUACACGACUCUUCUAUUCUGCAUUAAAUAAAACACUAACACAGUGAUCAGAAGUGACCGUGAACUCUGGGAGUUAACCAAUGAAAUUAAGGAGGAGAAAAACAACAACAUUCCAUCAAGGUUAACUUGAUGAUCAUGGACAACAUUUUUGCUGGUCCCAAUUUUAUUGGUGAUGUUGCCAUUGCUGAAUUCCACACUGAAGAGGGCAUCAAGCCAUGUCAUGUCGCUCAAAACUCAUCACAGUUGCAAUGCUGAACAUAUUUUGCUUAUUAAGACUUGUUAAUAAUAUUAAGUAUAUGUACCAGUAAUACAAAAAGUAUUGACCACAUUUUGGGCAAUAUCAGUAUUUAAAGAUGCAAGCCACUGAAGGGUUUCCUAAUAUAUAGCGGCUAUUUCAUGUUGGUUUUUUAAUACGAUUUUUAUGUCAACAAGUGAUGUGUGAAAACCAUAUUUUCACAUAUUGCAAAGCAAUGAGUGAAAAUAUGGUUUUCACACAUCACUUGUUGACAUAAAAAUAGUAUUCGAAAAACCACCAUGAAAUGGUCUAUUUAUUAUAUAUAUCUUUCCUAAUUUUUGACAAUAUAUUUCACUUUUUGUUAAUAUCUUUUGCUUAUCCUAUUGAAAACAUGUUAUAUUUCUUCCAAUGGAACUUUUCUAGAAAAUUUACUUGACCAUAGACUUUUUAAAAGAAAUUUGAAUAAAGAUUAUCUUUAUUUAAUUAUUAAUAAUACUACUGUGCAAACAUAUCUCCAAAACCUACAAAAACUAAAUGAAACGAACGCAGCUAAAUUUUAACUUACACUCACUGACCGGACAUUGUGUCAUCAUUAUUUAGCUUCAUAUUCAAUUUGUUUUAGAUAAAUUAUCGUAAUUGCACUUCAUAUCCCCGUUUUAAAAAUACAGUUGUUUAAAUUACAUUUUAUUUUUUUUCA